GUAUGGUUCUCCACCAUCUAUUGAUAAAGGCCCUUUAUCUUUGAAAGUAUUGGGCCUUUGUUAUCGUUGUUGCAAUUGGCCGAAGUUGAGCAUGAAAAAAUUAGGCUUCCCACAUGUAUUUAAAAAAAAAAAAGAAAAAAAAAAAAUUUGUAUAAGUACUAAAGACAUCCUUUUGGUUCGUGACCAAGAUUCUUGAUAGUAUAGUGGGCUAUAACAGUGCGUUAGUGUGUCAUGACAGCUACAUCAUCUACUAGUACGAGUGUUGGGGCCCGUCAGGAGGACUUAGGUGGGUCCCGGGCUACUAGAAAAGGAGAUAAUGUGGAGGAAAAAUCGACAGAAGAGUUGUUGGUUGAAAAAUUGGAUAAGUUUUUGUCGACAAUUGAGUCUAGGUUGGAUAGCUUGGAUCAGUAUUUCAAGUUUUCCAACGAACAAGAGGAGGAAGAGGACGAAAAUGAAGAAGAAAAUGAAGAAGGAUAUCUUUCUCCGGAAAAGACCCGAUCCAGAAGCAGCAGUUUCACUUCGCUAAAGUCAUUUUCAUUAAGUAAUUUGGAUAUGAUUCAUGAACGUCUUGAUUUCGUUAAACAGUCAGUUUUGAAGACAUCAUUCACUAAUUUAGAAUAUUUGUAUAAGACGUUGGAUGAUCAAUAUAACUACUUAUUUUCAUCUAACACCAGUGCUCAUAAGAGAAUACCAUCUAUUGAUCAAGAUUUAUCUCCGGUUAAUAAGAAGGAGAUAUUGUCCCACAAGAUUAUCACUACAAUACAGUAUUUUGAUGAAAAAUUGAAUCAUAUUGAAAAUUUCAUUCAUGAUAAAACUCCUCAAAGUAAAAUCGAUUAUAAUAAAGACUCUAAGUUCAAAUACUUUAAGUUUUAUAAUUUCAAUCGAGCAGUUAAGAAUGCUGAACAUCAAUACUUACAUUAUUAUGAAUUACCUUUAAGUUGGAGAGAAAAUCGUUAUAUCAUUAAUGGUUAUAGGUUUUCUCUUAAUCAUUUAACAAUGUUGAAAUCAAUUUUCCAUUUCAAUCAUAAUGAAACCAUGAAUAUUUGGUCACAUUUGAUUGGGUUUUUCGUUCUUGCAUACUUGACUUUUAUUCAUUUCCCCCAAACAACCGCUUAUCAAUUAAAUACUUACAAAGAUAAUUUACCAAUGUAUGGAUUUUUAGCUGCGGCAAUGUCUUGCCUAUUAUGUUCGGUUGUUUGGCAUACUUAUUCUUGUUUUGCUAAAUUAUCAGUUAGAACUAGAUGUGCUUGUGUUGAUUAUACUGGUAUUACUAUCUUAAUCACUGCUUCAAUUGUGGUUGCAGAAUAUUGCUCCUUAUAUAAUUACCCAAGGUUAUUGUUAACCUAUAUGACUUUUUCAAUCAUUUGUGGUGGUACCGGGUUUAUUUUUAAUUGGUCGCCGUAUUUUGAUAAACCUGAAUGCAGAUCUUUAAGAAUUGGGUUUUUCAUGGGAUUGGCAUUUUUAGGUAUAACUGCUUUCUUUUGUUCUUGUUGGUAUGAUGGAUUUAUUAAAUCAACUUGGUAUUUUGCUCCUUUAGUCUAUCAAUCCUUUAUCUGGUAUUGGCUCGGAGUGGUUUUCUAUGGUGGGUUGAUUCCUGAAAGAUGGAGAUACGACGUUAUAAUAUCUGAAGAUGAAAAUUGUAAUCAUUCUCAUUCAACUUCCGAAAUCUUAUCGGGUAAUAUUGAACAUAGUGGUCGUGAAGAAAUUGAAAAUAUCGAAGACGAAAUUACUGCUACUAAUUUCGAUGAUAUUUUAAUUUCUGAUUCUCCUGAACCUGAAGAGGCGCCUCUUGUUGAUGAUGAUUCCAAUAAAUAUAAAGAAAUUUUAGAUAAGCAUUUUCCUUUAAAACCCACGUUUACCCCUUAUCAUAAGGAUUUCUUAUCCUUGUGGUGGGUCGAUUAUAUCUUUUCAAGUCAUAAUAUCUGGCAUAUUUGUGUUGUUUUGGGUAUAAUCGGUCACUACAUUGCGAUUUUGGAUAUGUAUGAAGCAUCAUCAAAUUUGUAA